UUUCUUGCAUUUUCUUUUCUUUCAUCAGAUGCUUUUUAAUGAGGAAAGUGAGACGCAUCCAAUUGUCAUUCUCACAGAUACAUUAUUUCAUACACUUAAAACAGUGAUAGAAUUUGUAUACUGUGGAAAAGCAGAGAUUCCAGCCAACCAGUUUGAUGCGUUUUUGGAACUUGCUGUGUCUCUACAGAUUAAAGGCCUGAAUAAUUCUUUUAAGAAAGAUAGAAAAACUGGUAUUGACAACAGUGUUGAUGAAAAUUCUCUUCAGUAUCCAUCCAGUGUUACCCAAGACACCUUUGAAAUUAGAAGCACUAGGACAAGUCAAGAAGACAGCUCCUCCAUUACUUCAGCGAAGCAUUUUUUUCACCUUUCAUGUGGCUCCAAAGACACAAUGCAGACUGAUUCUUCAGUUCCAGUUAAAGGGUGCAGUGACGCUUGCAAGAUGGUGCAAUCAAGAGCAGUGGUGAUGUCUCAGCCUGAUUAUGAGAGUUGUGCAAUGCGUAAUGAUUUGAAUGUUUCUAUUAACACAGAGAUAAAUGUGAAAUGUGAACCAUUAUGUUCUGAAUAUGAAGAUUUAGAAACAAAAAACGCAGUGUCAGUUCAUCAGAGUAGUCCAGUGCAAAAAAAUCCUGAGAUGCUGAUAAACACAGAAAUAAGUGUGAAACGUGAACCACUUCAUUCUGAAAUUGAAUUAUUAGUGACAAAAAACAAGAUAUUAGGUGAUGUAAAUCAGGAAGAUCCCAUGUCUGCAAAUAUUGGGAGUGAAUUAAAUGAUAAAUCUUCUCCACCAUUUGAUCGGGAUUUAAACCAAUAUUCCUGUGGUAGGGGUUCUGUCCAUGAGGUUGGAAAUUCAGCUUUGGGGAUACCACUGCAACAAAGACAACACGUUUCUCAUCUGCCCUGCGAGUUGCCUCCACCUGAGCUGGCUGAAGAAUGUGACUCAUUGCCUCCUCAACAUUUGGUGCCAAAGUGUGAAAAAACAGAUAUACAGAGUGAAGAAUCCAUGGGAGCACAAGAUUUGGCUGGAGAUGAGGCUGAUAAAAUGGAUGAGGAAAUAGAAUAUCCAUUUGAACAAAAGUUCAACCCAGACUCCAACGGAGAGUACAUCCUACCUGACGAAGAGCUGUCGCCGCAGCGGCGAAAUGGACGAUGGCAGAGGACGAUGGAGGAGCAGGAGCCUGCGCCCGAAGAGACUCUCACUCUGUCGGGCAGACACAACAGCAGGCGCACGGGAGAGCGCCCUUACGCACGCGACGAGUGCAAGGAGGCUUUGGCUCAACCAGCCCACCGCCCCACGCAUGGGCACACUGACACAGAAGAGAGCCUCUAUCAUUGCGAUAUGUGUGGAAAGGCUUUCAAUCAUUCAAGCUCCCUCAUCGGUCACAUGCGCUCGCACUCUGGAAAGCGUCUUUAUAAAUGCGAUGCGUGUGGAAAGACUUACAUUCACCCAACCCACCUCAGCCGUCACAAGCGCAUUCACACGGGAGAACCCACUUUUUCAUGCGACAUGUGUGGAAAGGGAUUCACCGAGUCAAGCAAGCUCACCAUUCACAAGCGCUUUCACACGGGAGAACGUCGUUAUCAAUGUGAUGUGUGUGGAAAGGCAUUUUUUACGUCAACUGACCUCACCAUCCACAAGCGCACCCACACGGGAGAACGCCCUUAUUCAUGCGUCUUAUGUGAAAAGACUUUCACUCAGUUAAACGCCCUCGACUCUCAUAAGCGCAGUCACACUGGAGAACGACCGUAUCCAUGCAGCGUGUGCGCAAAAGCUUUUUCGUCGUCAUCGAAACUUGCCCGUCAUAAGCGCAUUCACUCGAAAGAACGCCCUUAUCAAUGCGACAUGUGCGAAAAAGCUUUCAUUUUUUCGGGCCAACUGGUCCGUCACAAGCGCUUACACACUGGAGAACGCCCUUAUUCAUGCGACGUAUGUGAAAAAGCUUUCACGGCAUCAGGUGACCUCACAAGACACAGGCGCACUCACUCGGGAGAGCGUCCGUUUUCAUGCGACUUUUGUGAAAAGACUUUCACUCAGAAAAGCAACCUCGCUGUUCACAAGCGCAGUCACAAGGGAGAACGUUCGUAUCCAUGCGACGUGUGCAAAAAAUCUUUCAUUCUUGCAACCCACCUGGCGCGUCACAAGCGCACUCAUAUGGGAGAACGCCCUUAAGCAUACGUCGUGUGUCGUCGCCCUUAAACAUGCUAGUCAAACGCCCUCACCAGUCACAAGCGUUCUCACACAGCACAUCGCAUAACGCCCGUGAAAAGUGUUUUGAUGGGUGAGUUAUAAGCGUUGUCAAAAGUGUGUUGCUGCAAAUGGAGCCUCUCUUUGGAAAUAAUGUAAAUAUUUUUGACAAACUAAAAAAAGAAGUAUGCCAAGUUUGCGGCUUUUAUAGUGUAGUCAUUUAGCCUCUCAAUAACUUCACCAAUGUGACCUAGAACUCCUUCCAUCUUUAUUAUUCUGUCAUUGCUCCACCCUUCACACAGACAUACAAUCUAAUGUCUUGCAAUAAAACAUUACUAAAUAACUUAAAAAUAUUACGCGACCCGCACACUGAGAAUAUACUUUCUUUCCCUGUCUAGUUCUCUAACCCACACCUGUUGAGCCACUAAUCAAAGCCAGCAUUGCCGCUGACAGCAGCAACUCCGACCGAGAAGUCCUAGGGUUCGAUUUCCGAUGGGUUUUGGACACCUGGAUGGGUUGAAUUCGUUCGUUGUGUGAUGAUGCAUUCUAGCGGCUGUUUUCUGCGAACAUGUUUUGUCCGAUCAAUAUCAAGUGAAUGCCGGAGCACUACCAUUACAAUCGGCCAUGGGCUAAGCGCGAUCUUUCCUUCUUUUCCAUGCUAUCCUCACCUUUACAUACAGUUACGUGCAGUACACUAACAUACAUGUCGGGAGCUUUGCUCGGCCGGGAGAUAUGACGAAGGAGAAAUCUGUGGGAGGAUAUAUGUGGAAGGUGAAGCUGCAAGAGUAAAUGAACUCUGAUCCAGUGACGAAGGACCACCCCUACUGCCCGGAAUAAACAUUCCGUACAUUAACGGGACUCAUGUUCUCAGCAGUUGACGUGCUCGGAAACUCAAUUACAUCACGUUAUUUCUGCUCUCUAACGUAUCUAAUCCCUCGAGUGUUUUAAA